GUGGGCGAAUUGCGUUUGGAAGAUUUGGACAAGCGGAAAAACGCUCGCUCGUAUAGAGAGAGAGAGAGAGAGAGAGAGAGGAGGAGGGGCGCACGCGCACACACAGGUUUGAUCGUCACGUCACGUACCCAUCUCUGCUUUGAUCGUGGGUAUAAAACGAUGCGGAGAUUCGCAGCAGAGAGAGCCAGAGACCUCCUUCGCUCUCAUUCUCUGCAACGCUACAGCCGCCGCCGCUUGCUCUCUUCCCUGACUUCUCAAUCUCAAUCUCGUUUCUUGUCCUCCACUUCACCUCCCGAUUCGCCUCCUUCCAUGGGUUCUCAACCAGUUACUCUCGAUACUAUUAAUCCCAAGGUUCUGAAAUGUGAAUAUGCUGUUCGCGGUGAAAUUGUCUCCAUUGCCCAGCGUUUGCAGCAAGAGCUGAAAGAGAACCCAGGUUCUCAUCCUUUUGAUGAGAUACUUUACUGUAACAUUGGAAACCCUCAGUCUCUGGGCCAGCAGCCAAUUACCUUUUUUAGAGAGGUUAUUGCCUUAUGUGAUCAUCCAUCCAUUUUGGACAAAAGUGAAACCCAGGGCUUGUUCAGUGCUGAUGCUAUAGAGCGAGCUUGGCAGAUUCUUGAUCAAAUUCCUGGGAGAGCAACUGGUGCAUAUAGUCACAGCCAGGGAAUCAAAGGUUUGCGUGAUGCUAUUGCUGAUGGUAUUGAAGCCCGCGAUGGUUUUCCUGCUGAUCCAAAUGAUAUUUUCUUGACAGAUGGUGCUAGCCCUGCGGUUCAUAUGAUGAUGCAAUUACUAAUAAGAUCAGAAAGUGAUGGAAUAUUCUGCCCUAUUCCUCAGUAUCCUCUGUACUCUGCUUCAAUCGCCCUCCAUGGUGGAACCCUCGUCCCUUACUAUCUGGAUGAGGAGACGGGAUGGGGUUUGGAAGUGUCUGAUCUUCAAAAGCAAUUAGAUAGUGCAAGAUCCAAGGGUAUAACUGUUAGGGCACUGGUGGUUAUUAAUCCUGGCAAUCCAACCGGGCAAGUCCUGGCAGAAGAAAACCAGCAGCAAAUAGUAGAAUUUUGCAAGAAAGAAGGUCUUGUUCUUUUGGCUGAUGAGGUAUACCAAGAAAAUAUUUAUGUUCCGGAUAAGCAGUUCCACUCAUUCAAGAAGAUUGCACGAUCAAUGGGUUAUGGUGAGAACGACAUCUCCCUAGUUUCUUUCCAAUCAGUCUCAAAAGGAUACUAUGGUGAGUGUGGUAAAAGAGGAGGUUACAUGGAGGUGACAGGGUUUAGCGCUGAUGUGAGGGAACAGAUUUACAAAGUUGCAUCUGUAAAUCUUUGUUCCAAUAUCACUGGUCAGAUUCUCGCAAGCCUUGUAAUGAACCCACCGAAGGUUGGAGAUGAGUCAUAUGAGUCAUAUUGUGAAGAGAGAGAUGGAAUCCUCUCAUCCCUAGCAAGACGAGCGCAGACACUAGAACAAGCUUUGAACAGCUUAGAGGGCAUAACAUGCAAUAGAGCAGAAGGAGCAAUGUAUCUCUUCCCUCGUAUUCAUCUUCCCCAGAAGGCAAUUAAGGCAGCAGAAGCUGCAAAAACGGCACCAGAUGCUUUCUACUGUCGCCGCCUCCUUGAUGCUACGGGGAUUGUUGUUGUUCCUGGUUCUGGCUUCGGACAGGUCCCUGGGACUUGGCAUUUCCGAUGUACAAUACUGCCUCAAGAGGAUAAGAUUCCGGCGGUCGUGUCCCGUCUAACUGAAUUUCACAAAGGGUUCAUGGAUGAGUUCCGCGAUUAAUGAAGAUUCUUGCUCCCGGCUGCUUCUCGUCAAGGUAAUAAUUGGAAGCUGUUGCUAGCCAUGUUCAUGAAUAGCUUCAACGAGAGGAACAUGUAUUAUUUGUUGUACUGGUCCUUUUUCUCUCUAGCUUGAACUGUCGAACUGAGUCAAGACACUGGCCCCUCAGGGUGGAUCGUGGGGUAAUCACUUAUCAAAUAGAACACGGAGCUAUCUCAAGCCUACAGUGUUGAUUUGUUUCCUCCACAGUGUUCAUCUUU